AUAAACGAAACCGGCAAUCCCACGUUAAAAUAGAAAUAUUAAAGAAUGCCACUAUCGGAUAACUGGUAGAUGAUAACAUGUGAUCAGUGUUGGAUAUUCCCCAAUUCGGAGUCACGCUGCGAGAAUGGAAAAGUAAUACGCGCUUUUCCCCACUUUACCGAUAAUGGAAAGCAAUGCUCCAAAGGAACACGGGGCCAAGCCGAGAUCCAACAACAGACGCAACAACAACAACAGACACCGAGUAGUGCGAAAGCAGCCACCACGUCCUGCCAGCGGCCGCCAGCACAUUUAUAUUACCAGAAAAACAGACUUCAAGGCUCAGCUGCGGCGAUGCCAGGAGCUGUUCAGCUCUGGCGCUAAGGAGAUCUUCCUGCACUGCAUGGGCUUCUCCGUCACACGCGGCGUCAAUCUUGCCCUGCGUCUCAUCGAAAACUCGGAGGGAACCCUUAGCUACGCAAUCAACACCUCCACCAUCAGCUUGUUGGACGAAUUGCACCCAUUGUGUGAUGAGGAGGACCUGACCUUUCGCCACCGCAAGAACUCGGCAUUGCACAUCAAGAUCUUCAAUCGCAGCUUGUUUGAGAUAGCGGUGCCACCGUUGCCCGCUGCACCAACCCCGCAGCUUCAAGCGCAGUCCCAGUUCCGAGGAAAAGCAAAGCCCAGGCAGUAGAGACUAUGUUCAAGCUCUCUGAGCUGGUGCGCUGGCUGGGGCUGACCGAGUUCGAGAUUCUGGUCAACCUUUGCGGCCUUCUCGUAUUCACCAUUACGCUAGCUGUCAAGCUGUCCGCCGCGGGAUCGACUGGAGGCGUUCUUCCCGAGCUGGUGGGCGACUGGUUCACCGUCUUCAGCCCUUUGUUCUUCAUCGACAUUUGUAACGCGUACUUCUGCGUAAUUGUGGGCAUACGUAUGUACUUGGACUCGGACAACAAGCGCAAGGCGCUGCACCGCUUCAUGUGGAGCACCUACUUCCUAGUGCUAAUUGCCAUCUUCAAGUACCUGCUGUGCCUCAAGCUCUCUGGGAAGACGGGCCUCGAGUACUCGGAAGUCUUCUCGCCGAUUUUCGUGUUGCUGCAACUUGUAGCGGUGCGCGCCUGCCAGCUGCCCAACUCCAUCUAAAGGCUAGCUCAUAUUUGGUCUAAAUAAACAUGUAAAUUUAUUUGUUUUUUGAAUAUCAGAAA